CUCCCCUGUUAGAGCACACCUGCUUUCUGUUGGCUGCACACAUUCUCACUGUGAUCAGCUCUUGGCCUGCAGUGCUGCAGCUUCUUUUCAUCCCUCUCUGGAUUUGUGGGUGAUCAUUUCUCUUCUUUCUGCAAACAGUACAGGUCGCUUGUCAGCAUGAGGUCAGCCUGUCUCACCCUGCUCCUGGUGUCCAUUUGCUGGGCUCUGCCCUUUCGCCAGUCUGGUUUCCUGGACUUCAUGAUGGAGGAUGAGUCCAGUUCAGGCGAUGGUCCAGAGCUCAUCCCAAGUAAAGUUCCAGUCGGUCCAGAAAUGCCUGCUGGACCAGUAUGCCCCUUCAGAUGCCAGUGCCAUCUCCGUGUGGUGCAGUGCUCUGAUCUAGGAAUAAAAAAUAUUCCAGAGGAAAUUCCAUCAGACACAACUCUGCUGGACCUGCAAAAUAACAAAAUCACUGAAAUCAAAGAGAACGACUUCAAAGGCCUCAAAGGACUUAACACUCUUAUCUUGGUAAACAACAAAAUCACUGUCAUCCAUGUCAAAGCCUUUGCUCCUCUUGUCAACCUUGAAAGGCUUUACCUCUCCAAAAACAUGCUGAAGGACCUUCCUGCCAAUAUUCCCAAGACCAUUCAGGAGCUGCGUGUUCACGAGAACCAGAUCAGCAAGAUCAAGAAAACAUCCUUCACUGGCUUGGCUAAUGUCAUUGUCAUGGAACUUGGCUCCAACCCUCUGACCAGUUCGGGAGUGGACGCAGAGGCCUUUAAAGAUCUUAAAAGAGUUUCCUACAUCCGUAUUGCUGACACCAACAUUACCAGCAUUCCCAAAGGUCUGCCCACCUCUCUGUCAGAGCUUCAUUUGGAUGGGAACAAGAUCACUAAGAUAACUGUCAACAGUCUAAAAGGGCUCAAACACCUGGCCAAACUUGGCCUGAGCAAUAAUGAGGUCAGUGUUAUGGAGAAUGGAACUUUAGCCAAUGUACCUCACUUGAGGGAGCUCCACCUUGACCACAACUUUCUAACCACCGUGCCUGCAGGCCUGCCUGAUCACAAAUACAUUCAGGUCAUUUAUCUUCAUUCCAACAAGAUUGCCUCUGUGGGAACAGAAGACUUCUGCCCUCCUAGCUACAACACAAAGAAGGCUAUGUACUCUGGCAUCAGUCUGUUCAGCAACCCUGUGUCCUACUGGGAGAUUCAACCAAUCACUUUCCGCUGUGUCUUUGAUCGCUCAGCCAUUCAGCUGGGCAACUAUAGGAAGAAGUAGAGUGCCCAAUCAGAGUGGCUAUCCACUGUUCUUGUCCCACCCCCCAUUUCCCAAACACCUUAAGAGUGUAAUUCAAUUCGAAUGUCAUAACUCAGAUGAAAUGUGCAUCUGAGUUUAUUCAAAUGGCACAAAAAACACAGAAAAUAUGCAAUAUUAAGAAACAGGCAAUACUGGGCACUAAUCUCGCAUACUCACAUAAAAUAAUAUCAAAUAUAUUGCACAAUACACAUAAAAAUAGCUUAACAUAUAUAAAACGUUGUUCCUCAUUUUCCCUAUACAUUCCAGUAGUGCUAAAAGCAUCUUGUGUUAAAUGGAACUGAAUGAUUAUAGAUAUAUUGCUGAUAUAAAGAAAGAAGCCAUGACCACUUAAAAUUACCAAGUGCACAUAUACAAAAUCCUUUUUUUCAACACAAUGUGGUUAAAAUUUGUGAUUUAUUCAUUUAAUAUAAAAGAUCUAUUCCUGGUCUCUUUGGGACUUAAGCCAUUUUUAAAUGCACAUGGUAGGCCUGCUGAGCGGGCAGCGAAAUGUUAACCUGUGCCAUAAAAACGAGCAAGGAGCUGACAUACUAGCAGUAAUCAACUCUUAUUGUCUUUAGUUUAGAAAGUGUACUAAUAGAAAUGCAGACAUCUUGCUCAUUUUUUUUGUCAUUUAUUUCAUAUUCUAAUAAUAGUUUUUUUGAUUAGAAGAUACGAAUUUGCAUUUCCACCUUCCAGUAUUUCAUUUUUCCUGCAUCAGAUAUGUAUUUCACUUCAGUUUGUUUUCUUUGAUCAUUCUAACCCCACUACCAUGUAAUAUGAGAUAGAAAACACAGCCAUAGCAAGCAUAGCUGGUUAAAAGGUAGAAUAAACUAUAAGUCUUUUUAAAGAAAGCAAUUUCCAAAGACCUAUGCUUUUUUACUCUAUUUUUCCGAAAGUACGGUGUAUUAAAUGGCAUGUUGUGUGUGAUUCUUUGUUGUUUUUCUUUUUGAAGUAUCUUUUUAGUCUGAAGACGAGUGAAAGCUGCAGGUAGACAUGGCUGACAUGUUUCCCUCUGGCCUGUUAGUGAUUGUUAAAUGUAUAGAACCUGUAAAUAAAUGCUGUAUAAAAA